GUGCUGUAAAAGGAGGCGGAACUCGAGGAGGCGCACUUGGCGGCCGCGAGGAGGAAGCGCUGAACAGCUGGUGCUAGAGCCACGAGAGGACCGCCUGUGAUGGGAAAAUGCCCCUUGAGGUGAAAUGGCCCUUUCCCCAGGCCCCAUACCUGCCCUGGACCUUGGCGAGCAGGCUGAUCAUGGGACUGGUGGGCACCUACAGCUGCUUCUGGACCAAAUAUAUGAACCAGCUGAACGUCCAUAAUGAAGACACCCUGUACAACCUAAUUGAGAAGCGUGAGCCAGGCAUCCCCCUCCUCACGAUCUGCAACCACCAGUCUUGCAUGGAUGACCCACACCUCUGGGGUAUCCUGAAAUUAAGGCAUGUCUGGAACUUGCAGAAAAUGCGCUGGACCCCCACAGCUGCAGACAUCUGUUUCACAAAGGAACUGCAUUCUCGUUUCUUCAGCCUUGGGCGAUGUGUUCCUGUCUGCCGGGGAGAUGGAGUCUACCAGAAAGGCAUGGAUUACAUACUUGAAAAGCUCAACAAUGGGGAUUGGGUGCAUGUAUUCCCAGAAGGCAAAGUGAACAUGACUCAGGAGUUCAUGCGCUUUAAGUGGGGCGUUGGACGCCUUCUAGCUGAGUGCCGCCUCCAUCCUAUAAUAGUGCCACUCUGGCAUGUAGGGAUGAAUGACGUACUGCCCAAUGAACCCCCUUAUGUGCCCCGUUUUGGACAGAAAAUCACUGUAUUAAUUGGGAAACCGUUCAGUUGCCGGCCUUUGCUGGAGCGGCUUCGGGCAGAGAACAAGUCAGCGAUGGAGAUGCGCAAAGCCUUGACGGAUUUCAUUCAGGAGGAGAUCCAGACGCUGAGGGACCAGGCUGAGAGGCUACAUCAGACCUUCAAGCUGCAAGACUAGGAAUGGGAUGACGAUAGGCCUUGGAGUCCUUCCCACUGAAACACGGAAUGGGCAGUCCUGGAGCAUGAUGGAGAAUGAAGUCCCUCCAUGGACAGCCUCUAACCUUAGCUCUUGAGUGAAACCUUCCCACUUUUCCACUCGCCACCCGUGCUUCCCAAUACCACAACUGUAUUGGCAGUGCAUGCGGAGCACUGGAUGAAUGCUCCCUGCGUAUUACGUGGAGCUUUGUACUCCAUUGGGUGCCCUCUUGAUUGUGCCUGUAUCCCAAUGGAGAUGGGAAGGACUCAGAAAUGUAGUUGUAAGUGAAGUUCUCUAUUGCCAGAAUGUAGCAUUUCUGAAACGUAGAGACUCUUGAUGAGGCAUGUACAAAAAGCGGGAGAAAUUGUGGGAUGGGGGAGAGGUUAAAGGCGGACCCUGCCCUCUCCCAGCAAUGUUGCCUAUUUGCACCAGCCUCCCUUGCUUGUGGGCAAGAGGGAUAGAGUUCUUUUUGUAGAUAAACUAUUGAUCUGUAGGUGGCUUUUAUACUUCAGACUUUUCCAAUAAACAUGUCCAACCCCUA